AACCGCCCCGGCAGCCUGGACCUCCCUCUCUGCUGGGUCCUGAGAGGGACACGAGGAGCUUCUGCACCCACUGCUGCACUCUUCUGUGGGACUAAUGAGAGGGAAGCAGGGAGUGUGAUGAUAUACACCGUGUAUUCACAUGAGAGAAGUGAACAAAGCCAGCAGUGAAGAUGAAAAGACACUGGAAAAUUACAGCUUUCUUUUACGUGUGUAGUUUUUUGUGGUCUUUCGUCUCAGCAACCAUCCAGCACCAAUCAAGACUACCAGUCAUUCUGGGUGCCAGUCACAGAAUUGAGCUCUGCCCAACAAUCAGGAUUGGUCAAGAUGACUUACCAGGCUUUGACCUGAUUUCUCAGUUCCAAAUAGAAAAAGCUGCUUCCCAAGGAGUUAUUGAGAGAGUAGUGGGCUCCACUUCUCUACAAGUGGCUUAUAAAUUGGGACCCAAUGUAGACUUCAGGAUACCAACCAGUGCUAUAUAUUCCAACGGAUUGCCUGACGAAUAUUCCUUUCUAACUACUUUUCGGAUGACUGGGGCCACACUUCAGAAAUACUGGACUAUUUGGCAGAUUCAGGACUUUUCAGGAAAAGAACAAGUUGGAGUGAAUCUUAAUGGUCAAAUGAAAAGUGUUGAGUUUUCUUAUAAAGGAGCAGAUGGAAUACUCCAAACGGCAUCAUUUUUGCAUUUGCCUUUCUUAUUUGACUCCCAAUGGCACAAGCUUAUGAUAAUUGUGGAGGCAAACAGCGUCACACUCUUUAUUGACUGUAUUAAAAUAGAAACCUUAAGCAUAAAACCAAAAGGGAAAAUCAGCAUUGACGGCUUUGCUUUGCUUGGAAAACUUAAAAAUAAUCCUCAAAUUUCAGUUCCGUUCGAAAUCCAGUGGAUGGUGAUUCACUGCGACCCCCUGCGGCCCCAGCGCGAAGGCUGCGGAGAGCUGCCUGCCCGGAUAAGCCAGACGGUAAUCGAGAGAGGCCCCCCUGGUCCACCAGGCCCCCCAGGUCCACCAGGGCCACCAGGAGUUCCCGGUAUUGAUGGAAUUGAUGGGGAGAGAGGUCCAAGUGGCCCCCCUGGUCCACCGGGUCCAGAUGGGGAUGCAGGCAAACCAGGAUCCCCCGGGUUGCCUGGAGAACCAGGAGCUGAUGGAUUCACGGGACCUGAUGGCUCACGUGGAGCCCCAGGACCAAAAGGACAGAAGGGUGAGCCAGGACUGCCAGGUGCUCGUGGACUUCCAGGCAAGGGGAUUCUUGGGCCACCUGGUCCAGCUGGUGCAGCGGGACUUCCCGGGGAAGUAGGCCGUGCUGGUCCACCUGGAGAUCCAGGAAAAAGAGGUCCACGAGGGCCACCAGGACCACCAGGUCCUCCG